AGGUAAUGCACAGUGAUAAAAUCAUAACCCAUGUGACAAAAUGAAAUUACCUCUUGUUUGGUUCAAGAGGGAAUGUCCUAUCGCUGAAGGAAGUUAAAACUUAGAAAUGACCAAGACUUUAUUUGUCGUUCCAUCCCGGAAGCUUAACCAUCCUUCGUAUUUUUAUAUGUCAAUUAAAAUGUUGUUAAAAGCUUGCCUUCUGCUUGUUGUGGAACUUUUAUACUCUGCCGUGGCACAGAACUCCGAAUGUCAGAACGGAAACGUGACAGUUUGUUGCACUGGAUUUGUGUCGAAUUCAACGCAGGGCCUAUCAUGCAAACCUUGCACUAAUUUCCAGUAUGGGACUAACUGUACCUUGAAAUGUACCUGUGAUCAGAGUAAAUCACUCAGCUGUGACAAUGUUAACGGAGCGUGUCGGUGUAAAGACGGGUAUACUGGCACCACCUGUAGUCAAGAGUGUCCGUCGGGAACCUUUGGAGCAGGGUGCAAAUCAAACUGCACGUGCAUAGCAGGACAGUUCACGUCAUGUCAUCACGUAACAGGCGCGUGCACGUGCUCACCGGGUUACACAGGAUCUACGUGCGCAGAGAGGUGUUCAGGUUUCACGUUUGGAGAAGGGUGUAAGCCGUGUACGUGCUUUAGGAAUCAAACUAAGACGUGUAACUUUGUCAGUGGGUCCUGCUCGUGCAAAGAUGGAUAUACAGGAAAAAACUGUGAAAGCAGUUGUCCAAGGAACAGGUAUGGUCCUGGGUGUGCUAAUACAUGCACCUGUGAUGAUAAGAAUUCUGCCUCACCUUGUAAUAAUGUGGAUGGUUCCUGCUACUGCAAGCUAGGAUACGACCCUAAGGCGGAUUGUAAGAGGGAGUGUGUGUUACCUCGCUAUGGACCUGGGUGUAGUUUGCCCUGUAAAUGUAACACGGGCCGGGCCAGCAGCUGUAGUGCCUUCACCGGGGAGUGUGUAUGUCAGCCUGGUUACCAGCCAUUCUUGUGCCAGGAUGAUUGUAGCAUGUACACCUAUGGACAAAAUUGUUCUUCUAACUGCACGUGCAAGUUGGAAAAUACAUUAAGUUGUGACCCUAAAUCUGGAAUGUGCACGUGCCUGCCAGGUUUUACUGGAGAAAACUGCCAGUUGGAGUGUCCUGAUGGGACGUUUGGUGCUAACUGUAUGAGCACGUGCAGCUGUAACGACAACCAGUUUAGAACCUGCCGGAAGUGGGAUGGAGUAUGUAUUUGUAAACCGGGAUACAAGGGCAGCAACUGUUCCACAGAAUGUGACGCUGAACACUUCGGCUCAGAGUGUUUAGGGCGGUGUCCGUGUCACAUGAACAAUACCAAUCAAUGUGACAAAAAAUCAGGAGCAUGCAUGUGCAAAAGUGGCUAUGAGUCGGAUGAUUGCACCGUGGAAGUGUUGGUUAAGGAGCCACAGCAGGCCUCUCCCGUGGUGUCUAUUGUGAUCGGGCUCGUGGUUGGGGUAGUCGGGAUUGCGUCAGCAGUGGGCGUGGUUCUGUUUCUUAUUACGUCAAAAAGGAAAAGACUCGUCAAGAACAUUCAAAAAGAAGCUAACGGCUUUUCCACUACAAAUCAGACGUAUACACCUAGCAUAACAGAGGACCCGCUGUACGAAAACGCCAUCGGAAAUAACGAAAAGCAAUCUAACGUAAACAUUUACGACAAUAACAUUCGUAAAGAUUCCGGGGCAGCACUUUACGGCAAUGUUGACGUCAUCAAUGCUGGGGCUGAAUCUCCUAUCAUUGGGGAUGAAUAUGAGAGUCUGGCGCUUCAGCCUUCUUCACGUAACGAGGAUAAAGACACAAAUAUGUACGAGUGUUUGAGGAAAACAAGUGAACCCGAAACAUCUUUGUACACAGGACUUAAAUACGGAGAGGAAAAAGACAAAGUCACUAAAAAAAGAAAAGUGUCAAAAGGGGUCCCGAAAAAAGGGCAACCCCAGGAGUAAUGCUCAGAAAUCAAACUGAAUGCAAAAUAAAACUGUUAUAUCUUAAUUCUGACAUUUUGUGCCAUUGAUUGACAAUAUUUUGUUUCUAUAUAUACAUGGAAUAAACAUGUACUAUAUAAUUAUGUACUCAGUCUGCUGAUAUAUAAAUGUUUUGUACAAACGAUUUUCUCCGACAUUAGAAGUUGCUUAUUGUCACCAUGUUUGCAAGAUCCAAUUUUGCUGCCAGUGAGAAAAGGAAGGAGAUCGAAUCCAAUACAGAGGAUUGAGUCCAAUGACUUUUUCAUACAAAUGUGCCUUAAAACACGAAGUGGAAUACCUGAUGUCUUUUAAAAAUGACAAAGUAUGAAAACCAAGUUCUGGAAAUUGUUGCCUUUGAUUUGAAAUGUAAAUGCCAUUUUUAAGCCAAUUUCCGAUUGAUUAUAGGACAGAUGUCAAAAGUGGUAGUAUAAAAGUUCCAUUGUACAUCCAAAGUUCAAAUGAACGCCCCCAUUUAAAACUGUAACCCAUUUGUGUAUAAUUCAUAUUG